ACCUCCCCCUCUCCACGGACAUUUUUGCCAUUCCAAUUGACGGGAAACGGCUCACUGCCUGACCAUAGCAACAGAAAUCUGACCUAUUCUGAAAAAAGGAUUGUUUUUUUGUAUUGACCGCAUAUCGGAAUCAAGAUGUUUUACACGUGUGGACCCAAUGAAGCCAUGGUGGUGUCUGGCUUUGGCCGGUCUCCUCCUCUAAUGAUUGCUGGAGGACGAGUGUUUGUCUUCCCAUGUAUUCAGCAGAUCCAGAGAAUCACACUCAAUACUCUGACUCUAAAUGUGAAGAGUGACAAAGUCUACACUCGUCAUGGUGUCCCUAUCUCUGUCACUGGCAUUGCACAGGUGAAGAUCCAGGGCCAGAACAAAGAGAUGCUGGCCACAGCCUGUCAAAUGUUUAUGGGCAAGUCUGAGGGUGAGAUUGCCCACAUUGCUCUGGAAACACUGGAGGGACACCAGAGAGCCAUCAUCGCCCAUUUGACUGUGGAGGAAAUCUACCAGGAUCGUAAGAAGUUCUCCGAGCAGGUCUUUAAGGUGGCCUCCUCUGACCUGGUCAACAUGGGGAUUGGUGUCGUCAGCUACACACUCAAAGAUGUUCAUGAUGAUCAGGACUACCUUCACUCCCUGGGUAAAGCCAGAACGGCCCAGGUGCAGAAGGAUGCCAGGAUUGGAGAGGCUCAGUACAAACGAGAUGCUGUCAUGAGGGAGGCCCACGCAAUGCAGGAGAAGGUUUCAGCUCAGUACAAGAAUGAGAUUGAGAUGGCAAAAGCUCAGAGAGACUAUGAGCUGAAAAAGGCAGCCUAUGAUGUUGAGGUCAACACCAAGAAGGCCGAGUCAGAAAUGGCCUAUCAGCUUCAGGUGGCCAAGACCAAGCAGCGCAUUGAGGAGGAGAAGAUGCAGGUUCAGGUGGUUGAGAGGACUCAGCAGAUUAUGCUGCAGGAGCAGGAGAUCGUCCGUAAGGAGAAGGAGCUGGAGGCCAAGGUCAAGAAGCCUGCAGAGGCAGAGAGAUACAAACUGGAGAGGCUGGCCGAGGCUCAGCGCCUGCAGCUCAUCAUGGAGGCUGAGGCAGAGGCCGAGUCCAUCAGAAUCAAGGGCGAGGCAGAGGCUUUUGCUGUGGAAGCUAAGGGCCGCGCUGAGGCAGAGCAGAUGGCCAAGAAAGCAGAGGCCUUCCAGCAGUACAAGGAGGGAGCCAUGGUGGACAUGCUGCUGGAGAAACUGCCACUGAUGGCAGAGGAGAUCAGCAAGCCACUGACGGCGGCUCAGAAGAUCACCAUGGUGUCCAGCGGCAGCUCAGAGGUGGGAGCAGCCAAACUUACAGGAGAGGUGCUAGAUAUCAUGACCAGGCUGCCUGCCACCGUGGAGAAACUCACUGGAGUCAACAUCUCCCAGGUUGGGAUGCCCACUCUUGUGCGUUAAGAAGAGAGGGAGGGUCGAAGUAACCAGGAGAGGUGUCGCCGUUAUUCAAGCUAGGAGCUCCACAUCUCCUCCUUGUGCCUAUAACCACUGUAAUGACUCCGCAGCACCGUAGUCUUGUCUCUGUGCAUGCAUGUUUCACUUGUGCGUGUCUUUUUACAGUUCCUCCUUCGUUGUGGUUCUUUCAAUGUCCCCGAUUCAAGCUGUCGUGCUUUGUGCUGUGAGUGACAGCAAAAGCAGCUGUGAGGGGUUUAAUUGUUGAUGAAGCUGAUUUUUUUUUUUUUUUUACCAGGAGACAAAAGCUUCCAAAUAGGAAUUCCUUUUACCGUCUUAGUUGUUUUAUACUUGACCUAAAGUAUGCAAGUUUUUACUUUACCUUGACUGCAAUCAGCCUCAUUUUCUCUGUGUGGGGACUUGGUCUAUCAGCUGAUAUAAUUGUUUCACUUUUUAAUGUAAGAAAUGUUUUGAUUUUUUUUUUUGUGCCUUUCACUCCAUGAAGUGGUGCGGAGCUCACUAUCACAGCAUUGCUACAGUCCUGAGUGUGGGCGUAUCGUUACAGUCGUACUUUAAUACUAUUUACUUAUCACAGCCUCGCUUCAUGAUUAUUUGAUCUCUGUCCACUAGUCCAUAAUAAAGAGACAGCUGUGGUGAUGACAGUUUACUCCAUGUCUCUUUUGUAAUAACCGACUUAAGUUGCAGGGCCCGAAAUCAUAUCAGUGGAACAUUUUCUGUGUCUCAGACUGAAGGGGAAGGAUGUGGUCGAUGGGAAUGAGUUGAAGGGAUUUCCUGUUGAAAGCAAUGAAAGUAUGUUGCGGUGAUUUAAACAACACUGACAUUUGACUUUGCUACAGUGUGUUCAAGAGUCUUUUGUAUGUCGAGAGUAAAAAAAGGACCAUCACUAACUAACUAAAUAACCUGCCUGCUGCUUUGGUGUAUUUUGCUGCCUGGAGUUUAAACUGAUAUACGGGAGAUAGUAUGUUUUUGUAGUCUCUUUGUUUAGUGUACUGAUUUCCAUAAAAAUGUGAUGCUGGGUGUUACAGAUUUUAACAGAUUUCGCAUAUGGGAAGGUGUUGCUCAGCUCAGCACUUGUGAUCGGGAGCUCUUUUUUUCAGACUCUUCUCUAACAGCCAAAAGUUUUCCAGCUGCCAAGCCUUAUGCAUUUUGUUAUCGCCAAGUGCCUGGUCAAAACUCCUCAGUGGUCGAGUCAAGUUGACUUCUUUACUUAGGCCUAUUACACUUCUCUGUCAGGGAACUUUUCCUCAUAUCCAACUGAUGCUAAGCCAUUGGCUGUCAUUAGUGACGGUCGUAGAUGAAAGCCAAAUCAGUUUCUACUUGUGUUUGUUCUCGUAACUAAUCUUUUACUUUCCUUUCAAAGAUGUGUUGUUGCAUGUCUGUACUUUAAGUUGACAUAAGUAGUUAUUACAUAGCUUUGAAGUUCUAUACAAGUUAAAUAUCUGAGAUUUAUCGGUAGUGAAAUGUUCUAAGAUGAUGUAGACAAUAAAAUAUGGUUUAAUCACUGAAA